AUGCAGCUUCAGUCCAAACCCGGAGCAGAGCCCAGAGUCUGGGCUGGGAGCGCGCUGGUGCUGACCGCGUGCACGUGUUUGUCGCUGGUGUGCGCGCUGUUGUGUGCGCUGGCCCUGGCUCACUGUGCGCGGCUGGACGAGCGGCUGGACGAGCGGCUGGACGCGCGGCUGGACGCGCGGCUGGACGCGCAAUUAAACGCGCGGUUGGAGCUGCUGCUGGAACAGAAACUAUCGGAGCGUUUACCGAAGACACGGGAAGCUCGAGACGCUUCCUUCAACUGUCUCUGUCCACCAGGUCCUCCAGGCCCCCCGGGGAGAACAGGUUUUCCGGGGGCGCCUGGAGAACCAGGCCUGUCAAUCAUCGGCCCCCGAGGGCCCCCAGGCCAGCCUGGGACCAGAGGAUUCCCCGGGUUUCCAGGUCCUAUCGGACUGGAUGGGAAAGUGGGUCAGAGUGGAGCCAAAGGAGACUCGGGACAACGAGGAUCCAAGGGCGCUCCGGGAGAACCAGGGCCCAAAGGAGAAAAGGGCGUCUGUGGAGACUUUCCUCAUCGGGGCCUGUUCGUGAACCGCGGCACCGUGAAAACGCUGGCCGCGCUCCGCUCCAGUGCAGCUCUGACUCUGAAGAAGCGGAGGAUUGUACAGCCGUGUGCCGCUCGCCUCACAGCACAGGGUGAGACUGGAGUCCAGGGCCCCCCCGGCCCCCCUGGUCCUCCAGGGCCCCCAGGCAGCUCUGGAGCCAGUGGCCCCCCAGGCAAGCCUGGAGAACCAGGAAAACCAGGGAAAGAACUGAAGCUCCUGGCCGGUCUAAAGGGCGACAGAGGAGAAGCCGGUCCCCAAGGAGUGAAAGGAGAGAGCGGAGCAAAGGGUCAGGUCGGGGUUCCGGGCUCCCCAGGGAUCCCCGGAAAACGGGGAUACAGGGGGGAAAAAGGCGAUGCGGGUUCUGCAUCGCUCAAAGGAGAACCAGGAGAACCUGGAACCAAGGGAGAAGCUGGAGCUCAGGGGCUGCCAGGACCCAGGGGUCCUCCAGGAGAGCCGGGCCGAGCAGACGUCCUCAAUGAGAACGACAUCAGGAACAUCCCUCUGACCGGACCUCCAGGUCUGCCAGGGCCUCCAGGUCUGCCAGGACUAAAGGGGGAGGUGGGCCUUCCUGGACCUCCAGGCUUUGACGGAGAAAAGGGACCCAGAGGAAAACCCGGAGAGCCCGGUCCAACAGGUCCAGUUGGUCCAGAAGGUCCCAGAGGAGAAGGACCCAUGGGACCUCCAGGCCUCAGAGGAGAGAGGGGAGACCCAGGCCCCUCCGGAGCUCCUGGUCUAGAUGGCCCCACCGGGGAGAAGGGGGCCCCCGGAGAUCAGGGGCCCGUAGGAUUACCAGGCCCCACGGGCCCUAAAGGAGACAUGGGCCAGGGCCGCUCCGAGGUGAUGUAUGGUCCUCAGGGGCCCCCUGGCCCCCCCGGCCCCGUUGGACCUGCGGGCUCGUCCGGACCUUCUGGACCCAAGGGUGAGCCGGGGAUGGGCGUGAGAGGAGAGAAAGGAGCUACAGGACAGAAGGGGGACAAAGGAGACAGGGGACACCUGGGUCUGCCUGGGGCUCACGGGUUAGACGGACGCCCAGGGCCAGUGGGUCUGCUUGGACCAGCUGGGAUACCAGGACCCGCGGGACCAAAGGGGGAGCAGGGCGAGAAAGGAGAUUGGGGUUUACCAGGACCUGCCGGACCUGCCGGGCCUCACGGGCUCACGGGCUUGGUGGGACCUCAAGGACUGAAGGGGGCUCGGGGAGAGAGAGGAAAGAAGGGCAACAGGGGGAACAGAGGGGAGAAGGGAGACCAAGGAGCACCAGGACUGGACGCUCCCUGCCCUCUGCUUGGCUGCAUGUUGAGUCUGAGCUGCAGCGAUGGACGGGUCAGAAGGGAGACCCGGGUCAGGGGGGAGGACCCGGUCAGGGGGACAACCUGGGUCCUGUCCCGGGUCAGGACUGGUGUUCGACCAUGUGGCGUGUUCCAGGGCUUCAGAGGAUUUAAAGGAGAGAAGGGAGAGCCGGGUCUGCCAGGCCUGGACGGGCUGGACGCUCCCUGUGCCGUGGGUGAAGAUGGUUUGCCGGUCCCUGGCUGCUGGAACAAAUGA